CUGAUCACAAUUUAUUGCAGGAGAUUCUGAGAUGUGUCAGAAUUAGUCAAGCAGCGAGGCAAUAUAAGUUCACUUGAUGAACACCUUACUAUACAUUUCUUCUUCUACGAUAGUCAACGCCAGUUAAGUUGUAUGGACUGAACUCCUUGGUUGAAAAUGAAUGCACUCAUCUUACUGGCACUGACUGCUUACAGCUUUCUUAUUAUGUUAUCCCAUGUAUCUGGCACCUAUGUUUGGACUGGUAGAAGAUACGUAGCCUGCAACUGUAACCGUAGGGCCAGACAAUGCGUGUGGGAUCCUACACUCUAUCAUCAGACCGGAAGUGGUACACGCUGUGUAAACUGUGUUGGUAACUUUGAGGGAAUACACUGCGAGAAAUGUAAGGAGAAUUACUACGCAACACGAGGCAGUCACUGUCAGCCCUGCCAAUGCAAUUUACUGGGCUCCACUGGUAGUAGCUGUGAUGAGUACGGUCGCUGCAGGUGCAAAGCAGAAGGGGUGAUUGGGGACAAGUGUGACAAGUGCCAGCCUGGGUUUUACUCAUUAUCCAGCACUGGUUGCAGGCGCUGUACUUGCAAUAUGGCGGGUGUUACAAGAAUUUGUGAUGCUGAAACAGGAGAAUGCAACUGUAAAUAUAAUGUUGAAGGGUCCAACUGUAAUCGUUGCAAGUUUGGCUAUUACAACCUUCAUCCAGAAAACCCCAUGGGCUGUUCAGCAUGUUUCUGCUUUGGGCAUUCAUCAGACUGCAAAGUGGAUGAUGGUUACCAGGAGGCUGACAUCACAUCCACCUUUGAUUCAGGUACUGAAAACUGGAAAGCACAGCAUCGCUGGGGUUCUGAUCUCCCUCUCAUGAGAUCAUCAUCAUCUCGUGACGUUAUUCUUCAGGCUGAAGAUGAAUACCCGGUAUACUUUGUUGCUCCAGCCAAGUUCCUUGGAAAUCAAAUGUUGAGUUAUGGGCAAAAUCUCUCCUUCACAUUCUACUUGGAAAGGGAUGGUGCCUACCCAUCAGUGGAAGACCUAAUCCUGGAAGGAGCCAGUCAGACACUAACUGCACAAGUGAACGCACAAGGCAAUCCAAUGCCAUCCACGAACAAGCAAACAUACAAUUACAGGCUCCAUGAGGCUCUGGAGUAUGGAUGGAAGCCAUUUAUAACCUCUUUUGAGUUCCAGCGGGUGCUCAGUAAUCUCAGGGCCAUCAAAAUCCGUGGUACCUACACCCAACGGAGUCCUGGCCACAUUGAUAAUGUAGUCCUGCACACCGCCCGAAUUGGCAAUGGAAAACCAGCUCAGUGGGUAGAGAAGUGUACGUGUCCAACGGGUCAUGAGGGGCGAUUCUGUGAGAAAUGUGCAAAAGGUUACACAAGGGAAAGUCGUCAUCUCGGACACUUCAGCCGUUGUGUGCCAUGUAACUGUCAAAGCCCCAGUGAGACCUGCGACCCAGAAACUGGCUCCUGUUACACCAGUGAUCAAUCCAGAAACCAAUGCCCACAUGGUUACUACCUUAAUCCUUCUGAACCAAGUGGGUGCAGUGUCUGCCCUUGUCCUGCAGGUACAGGUUGCACUGUGGCACCAGAUGCAAGGGAGGUUAUAUGUGUGGGCUGUCCAGAUAAAACAAUGGGUAAACAGUGUGAAAUGUGUGAAGAAGGGUACUUUGGAAACCCACGAGCAGGUAGACGCUGCAAACCUUGUGCAUGCAACAAUAAUGUGGAUCCCAAUUCAAUUGGGAACUGUGACCAGUGGACGGGGGAAUGUCGGAAUUGUCUCUACAAUACUGCGGGACAUCACUGCGAGAGGUGCAAACCUGGAUUCUAUGGAAACGCACUUGCCUCUAAUCCAUCAGAAAAGUGCAAACCAUGUAACUGUGACCCAAGAGGUUCUUGGUCCUUACAGUGCAGGGGUGAUGGGACAUGCAGUUGUAAGCCAGGAGUUUUUGGAGAUCAAUGCAACCAGUGUGCAGGAAACUCUUAUUACAACAGCACCACAGGCUGUGAGGUUUGCCCUGACUGUUACCUAUCAGUAAAAAACAAGAUACUGAAACACAAGAAUGUCAUCAGAGAUCUGGAAAUUGUCAUCUCAAAACUGAUAACAAAUGGGAGGCCAGUGAAUGACAAGGACCUUGAGGCAAGAAUGAGAAAAGCAUCAGAAGUCCUCCACAAAAUGAUGACCAUGGCUAAAGAGAUUGAAAAUGAUGAUGAAAGUAAUCUCGAUGAACUGAAAAUCUUAAACAAUAAGCUGGGCACCGAGACUUAUCGCCUGAACAACAUUGGGAAAUCUGUUGAUGAGAUUAGAAGGUUGAUUUUAAAUUAUGAAGAUCGAGUCCAAAACACGGAUCAGCUGCUAAGUAAUGUCAGGACAAAAAUCCGGCAAAGCCGGACGGAAAUGGACCAAAUGCCAUCUUUGCCAACAAAUCCUAGUGGAGGCACUGUCCCAAGUGUUUUGGCAGAUGAGGCUCGUAGACUGGCAGAUAAGCAUCAGAAAGAUGCAGAGGACAUUGAACAGUUCAGUGGAGCUGCCAACAUGUCUGCUUUCGAAGCCCUUCAAAUCAUUACUCAAGCAAUCAAAGAAGAUCAGCGAACCUCAGAGGCCAUUAAACUACUAAUUCAGCAAUCAAAACAGAAGAGUGACAUGGCAGCAUAUCUAGAAGAACAAGCAAACAGAAUAACUACAAAAGCACGGAGAGGCAGUGAGAGGGCCAAGAAGAACUAUAAUGAGCUGAACAAUUUGCUUACAACUGAUAUAUCAUCCCUUGAGAAUGAAGCAAAUCAACUGAAAGACAAAGAAGCUGCCAUGGAAUCUGAACUGAACAAAAAACUUGAACUGGUUGAAACUUUGAAAAAUAGUGUCAGUGAUUCCCAGAGAGAAAUCGCGAGAAUUUUAGAGAAAGGAGAAAUAGACAAAAUGACAGCUGCAACACUGCAAGCCAGAGCGAAAGCCGCUAAGUAUUUGGCUGAAGAGGCUGUCAGGAAAGGGUCAUACACACUGGAGCAAGUUGAUCGGAUCAUAAGCAACUUAAGAGACUUCAACACACGUGUGGUCAUCAAUAAAACAGCUGCUGAAGAUGCCUUGAAUAAAAUACCGAAUAUUAAAAGGACCAUUGACAGGGCCAACACACUGACUGACCAGGCUGAGAAUAAACUGGGGAAUGCGUUAACAACGUCCAAAGAUGCCAUGGGAAAAACUGAAAUGGCAGAUGAUACUGUCAAUGAUAUGCAGGAGAGGGCACUUCAAUCGCUACGUGAUGCAGAACUUACAUUAAAUGAUGCCAUGCUAUUGAAUCAAGAUGUGAUGGAUAUAAGUGGACAACUCAAACAACUAGAGACUGAACUGGCAAACAAACAGAGAGCUGUGAAUGAAGAUGCAUUGACGGCUGAGUUGACUACAGACACUGUAAAUGCAGCAAUAAAGAAUAUAGCGAAUGCAAAGGAUUCUGUGAAUGAAAUGAUGAAAUUGAUAAGUGAUUUACUACUUUCAAUGGAUAACCCAGCCAAGAUUGACACUAUGAAGUUGGAACGUGUAGAGAAUUCACUUGAAAUCUUUAACACUCAAUGGAUUAAUGAACUACAAAUACUUCAACGGAUGCAGGAUGUUGCUGCUCAGUGGGAGUUCGAAGUUACAGUUUUUGACCAAGACAUUGGUGGCAUCCUUGCGGAUAUCAGAAAUCUUCAGCAAAUCAAAGACAGUUUACCCAAAGGGUGCUUUAACACAGCAGCCGUUGAAAGGCCGUAAUUGCUUUCUCUACCAAAAGUUACAUUAAAUCAUGGAAAUUUCCUGUUUUCAGAAGAAAACAUCAAGAAGAUCUGAUAAUUUAUGUAAUGCCCCAACCACUUGAAAGACUGACAAAUGGAAAACAGAGCAACAACCUCUACAACUUUAUCAAAGCAUGGUUAAUUCUGAUAUUAUCUUAUUUAAUCACUGUUGACAAUUUGGAUGCUUGUUCCCAACAACCUAUCCCUAGAAACCCUGUCCCCAACUUCCAGCACAAAUGGGCUAAAAUUAAAGAUUUUGCUUCUAUGGUAUUUUUACAAAAUUGACAUUGACCUUGAACUUGAAGAGCGUAGAAUAUUAUUGUUUACUUUUCAAAUUCAUAAAAUCAUUCAGCAUUUCAAGUUACAAUUUACAGUUUUAAAGUUGUCAUUACCCUAAAAAUAUAUUAAAGAGAUGCAAGCUGAUUUAUCAAUAGAUUUUUUUUCAUUACCAAAAUGUAGAAUUGCUUCUGACACAAUUAUUAAUAUUGGAAACGUUUUCAUCCUUCAAUGACAUAAAACCAAUAUCUCCCACAAUCAUUAUGGGGUGGGUCUUUUGCACACCCUUUUACAAUUUAACUGACUGUUCAGAUAUUGCUAUACCUCUGUAAAUUAUUAGCGUAUAUAGUACUAAAUAGCUGACAAUCCAUUUCUGAUUGCUACUUAUAUAAGUUUUCCUAUGGGCUGACAACCCUAAAGACAACUUGUCAUGUGAGGAAGAACUGUUGCUGAAUUAGUAGAAAUCUAUAGGUUUCUAGGAAGCAGGACCUAACCGAGAUCCCACGCCUUUGGAAAAGAAUAAGGUAACAUGAGUGAGGACUGGAGAAAUUGCCAAUGAAUAUGUGAAAAGGGGAGCAAUGUGGCUACUGGAAUGAAUCUAGGUGACUGUUCCUCAUUGUCAAUAGGAAUUAAGUUUUUAAAUCAGGAAAGUUGUCUAGAAGCUGAACACUUAUUAAAGGCAAUGCUCCAAACAUGCAAAAUUCAGCUGCUGUGUCAGCUCACAUCUGUUUCUUCCUAAUUCAUUCUUUCUUUCCUGUGUGUAAACGUGGCAAAAAGAUAAAUGAUCAGUUUUGAUCUCUACUCCUUGCACAGAAUUGUAUGCUGCUGUAACACCAACUCACACUUGCAUAGAGUUAUCAAGAGUUAAUCCUUAAUUAUAGUAUUGAGGGGAAAUUAAGGACAUAGAAGUCUAACCUUUUCCUCCUAAACCAACUAAAGUCUCUUUUAUUAUCAGUAACUCAGAUUUUUGAAUUCUUGGUAGAUUCUUAAAUGUGUAGAAACAAUAUUGUUAAUAUUACUUAUGGGCAAAGCACCAAAAUCACCUCAAAAUGAGUAAUUUGAAGCCACUUCCUUUCUGCUGUCACGUGGAGUGUACCAGGUGAAUCUAUAUGAAAACUUUAUUUAGGGGAACUAGGUUCAUGAACUUGAAUGUUAUUUAUUUUCAUGUAACACCAUUUGCUGAUACAAGAGCACAGCCUUUGAUAGUAUUAACAUUUUUCACAGCAGUUCUCUCAGAUCCCAGACUUCCCACAGCCUUGAUCACUGGGGACAGUCCUGAUGUACUGCUAUCCCUCAAUGGCUAUGGUGCAAAUAAAUUUAAGAACAUCAAUAAAUGAUGCUGGAAAACUGAAUGAAUAUGGAAUAACUUGAAACUAGAAUGAUUUUGCCUCACAGACUGCAUUUCUAUGAAAUUGUACAAUUUGAUAAAAAAUAUUUGGCAUUUUUUAACUGUUCGUGCCUUUGAAUGCCCAAUUGUGCUUUACAAUCUAAGACUAUGAAGGCAAACAAAAGAGAAACUACUCCAUGUAUCAUCUCGGCCUGAAAUGUCGAGUGUUUAUUCAUUUCCAUAGAUGCUGCCUGACCUGCUGAGUUCCUCCAGCAUUUUGCGUGUGUUGCUUUGGAUCUCCAGCAUUUGCAGACUUUCUCGUGUUUAUUUAUAUACUUGUUGCUUACAGACCAUCGACAUAUACUUUGGCCUGGGAAGACUGGAUUUUUUUUUUGCACCAAGUACUUUUACUGUUGCAAGUUUUGUUUUAAGGGAUAAUGUGAUUUAUCCUAGUAGAAUACUCGAUAUAGUAUCUUUGCAUAUUUUUUAUAUAUUUAUACAUUCAUUUGGUUAUGUGAUGCUUAGUUAUCACCCUUCUAGACUGUGAUUUAUCUGAAGAGCUGGACACUCUUCCACUGGUUCAUUUAUCUUACAACAGUGUGGCCUGGGCUUCCAGUAUUGGUUGCCUGCAAUAGAAUUUCAUUUGAAUCAGUCUUUAGCUGGGAGUGCAAAGGAUGGUCAAUACAAUGGCAUCAUUUAGUGACAAUGACCAGAAACAAUCUUCUACUCACAUCCUUCAGAAAAAAUGUUUGGCUUAUGCAAAAUCACAUUUAUGAAAUCACCAUGCCAAUUAGUAUAAAACAUGCUACUGAACAAUUUUUUGUGAUGCCAAUCUUAUGAAUAUGGUCUUUCUCUAUCCACAACGGCAGUCCCUCUAUAAGUACUCUGAGAUUUUCAGAACAUAAUGUUAAAACACACUGGCUGUAAAACAGGUCUUUGCUCUUUUUUUGUUAUUGAUAGGUCAUAUAUAAUACAACCAAGCACCUAUAUUUGCACUUGAGUCUAACUAUGUUGUGUUUUCUGCAUGAAGUUUAUAUAUUCCUUAUUUAAGUGUCUCAGUAUUAAAGCUGUGCUUUGAAGACACUUUUGCCUUGAAGUAUUUGAAGUCAUUCAUAUGCAAUGGACUGUUCUUCCUAUGUUUUGUCUGUCAAUUUCAUU